AAAAAGAGACAAAGGAAACCUAAAAAAAUUCACGUUAGAAUUUUAUAAAAUCGAAUAAUGUUCUUGACUUGAUCGACCGUUGCUUUGAUUUUUGUGAAACCGUUGAAAGUGGGUGCAAUUGAAAAUUGAAAAUAUAUUUACGAAUUGGUUACGAGUACAAUAAAUAAGUUUAGUGAAUUGUGUUAAAAUGAAGUCAGCAAAAUCGAAAGCAAGACUUAACGAAAUGCGGACACCUUCUAGGAGUAAACAAAAUUUGUUUCAAGGUGAGAAAGAUCCAGUGGAAGUAUACUGCCGUUUGCGCCCCAUGCCACGGGAUACCGAUAUUCCUUGCAUUAAAAUAUUGUCACCGACCACACUUCUACUAACGCCGCCUUCAACAGCGAUAAGUUACAGAAAUGAAGGCGCCAAAACGAUGAAAUACACUUUCAAAGAAGUGUUCCCGCCGGACGCAAACCAACAAGAUAUUUUCGACAAAGUAGCUCUUCCCUUGGUCGAAGGACUCGUUAAAGGUAAAAAUGGCCUCUUGUUCACUUACGGAGUUACCGGGAGCGGGAAAACCUUCACAAUGACCGGCGAGCCACAAAACUGCGGCAUUUUACCCAGAUGUCUUAAUGUUUUGUUUAAAACUAUAAACGAACUACAAGCGCACAAGUACGUAUUCAAGCCCGACAAGAUGAAUAUGUUCGAUAUUCAAAACGAAGCUGAGGCCAUGCUGGAGAGGCAACAAGAACUGCACAAAUUUAAAAGUAAUAGAAAAAAUAACUCUAAUCCCAAUCUAGCCAUGUCUGAUACAGAAAUGAAUAAAAUAGAUGGACUCAAUGAAGAUAACCAGUAUGCUGUGUUUGUAACUUACAUAGAAAUUUAUAAUAACAGUGUGUUUGAUCUGUUGGACGAUGGCCCAUCUAUAACCAAAAACUUACAAUCGAAAGUUAUCAGGGAAGAUGCUGCAAGUAACAUGUAUGUCCAUGGAGUUACAGAGGUGGAGAUAAAAUCUGCUGAGGAAGCAUUUGAUGCUUUUUAUUUAGGUUUAAAAAGAAAAAGAAUGGCUCACACAACUCUAAAUGCAGAGUCGAGUAGAAGCCAUUCUGUUUUCACUAUCAGAUUGGUACAGGCCCCAGUAGACUCCAUGGGGGAAGCUGUGAUACAAAAUAAGGAGUAUCUAUCAAUAAGCCAACUUAGUCUUGUUGAUUUAGCUGGAAGCGAGCGCACAAACAGGACAAAAAACACAGGCCAGCGUUUGAGGGAAGCUGGGAACAUUAACAAGUCAUUGAUGACUCUAAGAUCUUGCAUGGAAAUUUUACGUGAGAAUCAAAUAAAUGGUGCUAAAAAUAAGGUGCCUUAUAGGGACUCUAAAAUCACACAUUUGUUUAAAAAUUAUUUUGAAGGCCAUGGUCAUGUACGUAUGAUUGUCUGUGCUAAUCUAAGAGCAGAGGAUUACGAUGAAACUAUACAAGUGAUGAGAUUUGCAGAGAUGGCUGCUGAAGUGGAAGUUUUGAAACCCCAAAUCAAUAAUGCAGCUUCUACAUUAGGCUUAAUGACAGGUCGUCGUAAAGCUAAUAGGUUAUUUACGACUGCAAGAGAUAACAUCAAUAGACCUGAAGCUAAAGAUCUGGAAAUGGACCUGGGGUUGGUUUAUAGCCUAGGACCAGACUUCCCUAGCCUCGAGUUGAAUAGCUCUCAGGCAUCUCAUAUAAUCAAAGAGUUAAUAGCACAUUUGGAGAUGAGGAUAAGUCGUAGAGAAACACUGAAGAGAAGUAAAGCACUAAAGGAUGAGAAACUCAGAUCUAUGUUACUGGAUAUGGAAAAGGAAUCUAUGGACAUCAAGAGUGAAAAUGUCUCAUUACGAGGACAACUAGCGGCGGCCCAGCGUCGUAACAAGGCUUUAGAAGAUCGGAUAACGGCUAGUGAAAACGCGGCGCUCUCGUAUCAACGAAAGCUGUCUGAAAUGAGCGAAUACUCGUCAGCUCUUAAACGUGAUUUGCAAGAAAAAGAAUUACUUCUCAGCCAAAACAAAUUGGACAAAGAGAAGCAGAAGAAAAUUCUGGAGAGGAAGUAUCAUCACAAAAUCGCUGCAGAACAUGAGAAGGCGAAAGAAAUAAACUCUGAAAAGCAACAACUGCAGAAUGAGGUAGAAGAGAAGGAAAACAGGUUAAGAAUUAUCGCGCAAGCUCUGAAUGGUGGCAGAAGUGAUAAUAUUACAGAUUUGAGGAAAGGAACUGGGGAUAUGGCAGCACAAACUAGUGUGCGAGACUUCACACCUGGUUCUACACCAAGAGCAUUGCCAGCUCAUCUGCUGACGCCAUUUACCACGGCACCACAGACUAGAGAAUCUCGCGAUACCCCAGCAACUUCUCGCCGUGGAGUAGCCAUAGCCAACCCUCGUUAUAAACGCUCCCUCUCUGCCGAUGGUAAAGGGUGGGUCGAACAUGCACCAAGCAAAAUCGUCCCAAUGGGCACAGUCAUGAAACCGAACAUAGCGAACAGCAAAUGUGUAAACAAACUUACCAAUGUCAAAGACAUAACCAGCUCUAAAAAGUCAAAAUACUGUCUAGUAACUCAAGAUCAAGACACAGACGGGGAGUUAAGCACAACACUAUACAAGGGGAACAUUGUACCGACGUGCGGCGGUGGAGCUCAAGUGAUAUUCAACGACGUAGAGAUGCUGAAACAGUUCUCUCCCACAAAAGAGCCUGACACAUCUCGCAGGACGUCCGGCACCACCUGUGCAAGGCAUUCGGGCAAACGGCGAGACACUGGAGGCUCUCCACCACAUACACCAUCCAAUACAAACGCCAAGACUCAAGACGGGGGCUCUUCGCAAGAUAUGAGAUUGUCUAGUAACAUACCAUACUUAUAUUCGUUCGCGUAAGUUAUUUUACACUCCACUAUCAAAACGUCUUUGUGUAAUAAACGAAUGGUCUAAUUUUGAUGUAACUAUGAAUAUAGACAAAUGUUAGUACAAUUAUGUAAAACAUUGAAAACAGAAUAGAGCUUCUGUGUGUUAACGCAUUUUUGUAUCCUACAAUCUUAUUAAGAGAUUUUGCUGAAAUCAAUUCAAUAAAAACAAAAUUUAGUUAAUAGUAAUAGCGCCAAUAUUUGAAAAAAAUCGUAGGUAGAUAUGAAUAAAAAUUACACGCAUUUCGCAGUUCUGUUUCUAUAAGGUGGUUUCAUCAGCACCUUGAAGUUAUGGGAAAUACUCCAUUUAAUAAAAAUAUUUUAUUUUUGACUUCAAAAGUAUUUUUAUUGACCGGGCAUCACGCUGAAACAACUGAAUGAAUUAAAAUGACUUUGCACAAUUUGGGACCAUAAUACGAAGAAUUGUAUACUUUUUGUCGCAAAAAUUAAUUCAGAAAGGGGUGAAACAGGACUUUAAUGUUUCUAUGGAAAGUCCUUCAUUUUCCAAGUAACAUUCCAUAUAAUUGGUAUGUGUACUACCCGAAAAAAACUAAAAAUAAAGUAAUUCAAUAUUUUUCAAUAUUCUACCUUAAGGGGUUGAAGGUUUUUUUCUAAAUCAUUCAUGUUUUGAGUAUGCUCUUGUAAAAUGAUUAAUUUACUAUUAUUAUACAUAUAAUACACACAUUAACAUCGAUUUCAAGCGUACGAAGUCGCGAGCGUCCGAUAGUAGUUCAUAAAAGAGUAGGUCUUGUCUGACAUUUAUCAUAAUGGUUGAAAUAAAAAUUGUCAAGUCAAGGGUCUUGAUCAAUGUAAAUUGAAAAGAUUUUAACAACUUAAAUACAGGAUGCCUUAAAUCUCUCGACAUCCGUCCUUGUGGUGAGUCGAAAACUGGCGAUAAUUGGAUUAAAACGACUUGGUGGGAACCAUGUGGGAAUAUAUUUUUUUCUUGUUAGGGCUACCAAAAUAUUUUACUGAUAAAAUUACUGCUGGGAAUUUUUGCACGAUUUUUAGUUCCUCACGUAACCACUUGGAGUAUUGUAUGUAAUAAUAUAAGCAUGUUAAAGAAUGUUUUAUGUGUAGAAAUUUUGAAUUUAAAAGAAAAUAUUAGGCAGGCAUAUACUCAACAUUUAAUUGUUGUUAUGUAUCGCCGUUACUGCAUAUAAAAUGUAAUAUUUUUAUUGUUUGUUUGUUUGUGAAAGACGUGUGAAAGACGCAUCAGGGUUGUCAAAUGUAAAAUUCAUUUUUAUUAUUCUAAAUCGAAAUAUUAGCCACGGCUCUUCAAGGGGUCGCAGGUUCGCAUCCCUGCUUGCCAUACGUUAUUUACCUGCCCUGCUAGUUUUGAUGAUUGUUUGUAUUAUUUUGUUUUUUUUUAAAUGUAUUAAUAGACUAUACUAUGUAUUAAUGUACAAUACUUAUUACAAUACCUCAUAUAUCCGUGCUAAAUGGCAUAAUUAUUACCUUAGUCUUACAUUUUGUUCAAAAAUAUCCGAAGAUAUAUUUAAAUUUGACAUAUUUAAUUAUGAAUUAAAUUAUUCAUAUUAAUAUUAUAUAUAAAUAGACUAAAAAAUCAUAAAUCUUAAAAUAUUGUACAUUGAAUAGCACCAUUAGAAUGUAGCACUACUACUAAUAUAUACAUUAAUAUAUAUAUAAAGUAUUUAGAACACUUAAAAAUAUUCUUCAAAAUUGCUCAAAAUUAAAAAAAAAGUACUACUUAUACUCAAACAAAAUGUGUCCUCGCUUCAACACUUGUCUGUGAUUUUAACUAAAAGUAAAAGAUUUUUUUAAACAUCCUCUUUUUACUGUAAUAGUGUACUUAAGAAACACUUGUGAAAAUAGGUGUAAAAAUUUAUUUUUUUUAUUUUCCGGAGCGGUUAAUUUUUUGUAAGAUUUAUUAAUUAUUAUGUAAGAUGAUUUGUACAGCCCUAUCAGAAUUGCGCCGUCUGCGUCUAUAUUUCAUAGUCGCCAAACGUUACCUUAAGUAAGUAUGGUAGCCAAAUAUGGAGGCUGGACUGUGAUGGCUUUGGAAGCUCGCCGGUUUCAAGGGUUCAGAUCCUCAAUUGUCCAAGAACAAUUAUUUUUUAUAUUUUCUAUGGAAUAUCAUAGAAAUCAUGCGUGUCAUCAGUCGUGAGAUCCUAAGCUUAGUGACAACCCUGAAAGUAGUAUUUAAAAUAUCUAUUACAGUGUAUAUCAAAGGGUUGCUGUGAAGCUAAAGCCAUCGUAUUGCAAGGCACCGGGUAUGUUUCCAUCCCUAUGUUAUUGACAUCCCUAGAACUUGUACGAAGCGAUUUGCUUCUUCGUUUCAUAAACGCAUGGCUACUGGCUAGGGUAUGGAACUUUCUCCCAAAGUCAGUAUUUCCUGGGCAACUUUAAGAUAAGAGUGAAUAGGCAUCUUCUAGGCAAGCGCUUUUCACCUUUGGUCACAUCUACACUUACCAUCAGGUGAGAUUGUGAUCAAGCGCAAGCUUAUUCCAAUAUUUCUCAUAAAAAAAAAUAUAUCAUGCCAUGGAAAAUAUUGAAAUAAAUAUGCUUUACACAUGGACGGUUGAGGGGCCUUCAACCUUCCAAAGUCUAACUUUAUAAUUGGCCACAAUACUUACUUAGGGUAGGAAUAAAAUAAUUUUCAGCGUUCAUAAAAUAAGGUUAAUAGAGCAGACUUUCAGUCUGCUUAGCAAUCAUCAUCAUCAGCAAAUGACGUUCGACGAACGCCUAUUGUAAGUUCCUCACGGUGAUAUAAUUUUUGACAUUUUUUUUGCAUAAAUAAAUUUAAUUAUUUUAUAUCAUAAAACAUUGAAUAAUUCGUUUUUAUGUGUUUAUUUAACUGAAUCUCAAGUACAAACUUUUUACAGCUUGUUGUAACAAUAAAAGUUUAUAUUUAGUUUUAUUAUUUAGUUAUUUAAUUAAAACGGUACUUAAAUAGUUGAUUUAAUUAUUAUGUAAUA